UACCGUCAAAAAGUCUCGUUCGCGUUGUAGUCGACACCAGACACAGUACUGACAAAGGACGCAGACAUCAGAACGGAGAAACGGAUUUAUUACGCUCCGAUUAUCCGGUGUUUUCUAUUAUUCAUGUGUGUGUGUGUGCUCUCUUCAAACAACGUGGAGCUCUCUAUAGCGAACUGUCCGUCAACUGACAUCAAUGAAGGAGAGAAUAUCUAGUCAGAAAGUAUCUGUUCAGUCCGGGAUGGAUCCUAGUCAGAUUGUGAAGUGUAAAAUAGUUGUGGUCGGGGACAGUCAAUGUGGGAAGACUGCUCUACUACACGUUUUUGCAAAGGAUAUCUUCCCAGAGAGUUACAUGCCCACAGUGUUCGAGAAUUACACGGCCAGUUUUGAAAUAGACACGAAAAGAAUAGAGCUCAGCCUAUGGGACACGUCAGGGUCUCCAUACUACGACAACGUGAGGCCUCUCUCCUACCCAGACUCAGACGCUGUCCUUAUCUGUUUUGACGUCAGCCGUCCUGACACACUCGACAGCGUAAUAAAGAAGUGGAAAGGGGAGAUCCAGGAGUUCUGUCCCAACACCAAGAUGCUCCUGGUGGGCUGCAAAUCGGACCUGCGCACCGACCUCUCCACGCUGGUGGAGCUGUCCAAUCACAGACAGAUGCCUGUGUCAUAUGAUCAGGGUUCCAACAUGGCCAAACAGAUCUCAGCCCCCUACAUCGAGUGCUCAGCCCAGCAGUCAGAGAACAGCGUCAGGGACAUUUUCCACGUGGCCACCUUGGCCUGCGUCAACAAGAACAACAAGAAUGUCAAACGCAACAAAUCUACCAGAGGCAACAAAAGGAUCUCGCACAUGCCCACUAGGCCCGACCUCGCGGCGGUAGCGUCAGACCUGCGGAAGGACAAAGCAAAGAGUUGCUGUGUUAUGUGACCUGGUGGGCAGGGUUACGACCCUCGGGAGUGGGUUUGCAGGCUGGGAUUGAAGCAUGCAGUGAGGACAGGGGUUAAAGGUCAGAGCAUAGUGCAUUUUGGAACAUUAGAGGGUGAGACCCUUCCCUUCCUGCACUUUAAAGCCCUUGGCCUGCUGUCCUGGGGUGGAGUUUUGUAUAUGCAUCAUACAAUGUAAAUGUAGAUGAAAUCCACCGUAUCAAUGACAACACAAUAGUCUUUCAGUGUAGCCUGUCUGUCUACCAUCCAUCUCCCUUACAUAUCUUUUACCAGAAGAGGAAGCUAUCUCUGCUUUGGGCCAAUUAGCUGCCUUCCUUCCGGCGGCUUCCCGGGAGGUAGUAACACUGUUUCCACUUAGAGCUGGACGAGGAAGUGGUCAUGGCCUUUCACAGGAAAUUACCAUUUCCACAGGAAGUGGUGUCACGUAGGAAAAGUUGAACGAGUCCCCAGACGUUUUUCUAAGGAC